UCGUCGCACACGUCACAGUUUCGCACAACUGAGUGAGUGUGAGACUUGAGACGUGAGACAUUGUACGCCAAAACAAUUACGAGGGUAGGAUUGGCAGAAUUGACGGUGUGAAACGAAAGGGAGACGACGUGCCAGCGAUGACAAUCCAUAACUUGUACAUCUUUUCGAAAACCGGCACGUUGCUGUACUACGCUGAAUGGAACAGAUUAAAUAAAUCGGGGAUAACGAAGGAGGAGGUAAUGCAGUUGUUGACAAUCGCAUCGCAUGUUGAUUAGAAGAACUAAUCUAGAAGCAAAAUUAAUGUAUGGAAUGCUGUUUUCCAUAAAAUCAUUUGUAAGUAAAAUCUCACCGUUGGAUCCCAAGGAAGGGUUUUUGUAUUACAAAACAAGCAAAUAUACGCUACACUACUUUGAAACACCAUCGGGUCUUAAGUUUGUCUUGAAUACGGAUAAUGCAAGUCAGAAUGCCAGAGAAUUAUUGCAGCAAUUGUACAGAGAAGUCUACCUGGAAUAUGUAGUAAAGAAUCCACUCUGCCAAUUAAAUGAACCUAUACAAAGUGAAUUAUUUAAAAUUAAGGUAGAUGAACUAUUUAAAAAAUCUCCUCUAUUUCUAAGUCGAUCGUUAUAGAUAUUAAUAAAAAUAUAAAAUUUUUAUGCAUAAAAAAAGUCUUGAACUUUUUUUAACAACUUCUAAUAAUAUGCGGUAUUAUCUAAUCCAUUGUUAAAUGAAUCAAACAUUACCUAAUGUGUCGUUUUAAAUUUUAUUUUUAAAUUUCAAGGAUUUGCAUUACAUCAAUAUUUAAAUUGAAGCAAUGGUGCACGGAGUUAUGUAUUAAAUUUCAAGUUAUAAUGAUAAUUAUGAAUUAUAAUUUUAAAUGCAGUUUUAGUUUUUCUUGUAGCAGUUUAUUUUACUUCCCAGAGAAAUAUAUACACUUAUUACAAUAACGUGUAAAAUGAUGAUAACAGUGCAUAUUUAAAAGAUAUUUCUGUGCUAUACAAUAUUGAUGACAGGCAAGUACAGGCAAAUUAAUAUAUUUAUGUAUUAUUUGUAGAUGCCACAGUAUUCUAAACAUACUAACAAUAAGUAAUAAUCCUAAUUAAUAUUUGCGUCUUUGUAUGAUGAAGAUAGUACAAUAGGCAUUCGGAAAGUCACAGAUAUUUCAGCAUCUUAAGUAAUUAUUCUUAUUACUAUAAUUAUGUAUGCCAUCACAUGUUUCAAUUAUUUCAAUAAAAACAAUUCUGACUUGAAUGAUAAAAA